ACACACACACACAGAAACGCAGGGCGGAGCGAAUGUGUCGCCCACUAGUCUGAAAGCGACGCCGCGGGAAGGGGGACGUGUUGGGUGUGGCUGCCGAUCUGGACCCUCUCGCUGCUCUCUCUUCUCUCUUCCCCACCACUCACCUACUCACGCUCACAGAUACCACCGCACGCACACACACACACACACACACACACACACACACACACACACACACACACUCACACAGACACACACACACACACACACACACACACACACACACACACACACACACACCUGCCCUCACCGCCGCCACAGCCACCUGCUGCGUUAGUUGGCACCGUAACCUCGGAGGCCCAGCGCGUCCCUCCUCCGCUCGCACGCUGUUACUCUCAGUCCACGCCCGUGUCCGCAGCCCCUCGCUACUCCGGUCCGUGGCUGCGGAUGUGAGGUGGUGGCGUGGCCUGCGUGCGGGCGGGUGUGUGGAGAAAAGGAGAGGAGAGACGAGGAGUUGUGCUUGCUCUCCGAAGUGGACGUAGUGUUCAUUCAUGUGUGUUUGCGUCCUGUGCGUGUUGCCAGGCCUAGAGUAGCGAGCGGGACUUCGUCUGUGGCAGCACGGCAGGUGGGCAGCAGCGGCGCCAGGCACUUAGCCACUGCCGCUGCCUGGCACCACUACCACCAUCACCGCUGCCUCUUCUGUACCUCCAUCACCACUUGUCUCAACACAGCGGUGCCUCUGCAGCUUACCUAGACCAGGAAGCAGCAGCGAGCGAAGGAAGGCGGUGCUGGUGAUGGCGAGGCGCCCUUCAACAUGACGGCGCCCUUCGGUGACCCCCUGGGCGGCGGGGGCACCACGCUGCUGCCCUUCCUGGUGCCGUGGGAGGGCGGCGGGAGCGGCGGAGUAGGACGCACCAGGCUAAAUGAUCCUUCUGUGGGCUACCUCAACGCCUCCUCCGAUCUGUGGGGGGAGAACGCCACCUGCUGGGGGAACAACAACUCGCUGGAGUGCUCUCUGGCCAACAGCAGUGCCACGGAGGGGGCGACGACCAUUCUGCCGCCCUUUGAGCUGUGGCAGACGGUGCUUAUUGCCAUUUGUCUCGCCUGCUGCAUGAUCCUGACGGUGGGCGGGAACCUGCUGGUGCUGCUGUCCUUCAUCGUGGAGCGAGCCAUCCGCCAGCCCUCUAACUACUUCAUCGCCUCUCUCGCCAUGACGGACCUUGUCAUCGGCUCAAUAUCGAUGCCCUUCUAUACUGUGUACGUCUUGAUGGGAGAGUGGACGCUGGGCCCCAUCCUCUGUGACCUGUGGCUCUCUGUUGACUACACCGUCUGCCUUGCGUCGCAGUACACAGUCCUUCUCAUCACCAUCGACCGGUUCUGUUCUGUCAAGAUCGCCGCCAAGUACCGCGGCUGGCGGACGCGGACCAAGGUGAUGGUAAUGGUGGCAAUGGUGUGGAUCAUACCAGCGCUGCUCUUCUUCAUCAGUAUCUUCGGCUGGGAGCACUUCGUGGGCUACCGCUCGCUGCUCCACAACGAGUGCGAGGUGCAGUUCCUGAGGGACCCUGUCUUCAACACGGCGCUCAUUGUUACUUACUACUGGGUCACCCUCGUUGUCCUCUUCGUGCUCUACGCUGGCAUUUACAAGACUGCCUACGACAUGCAGAAAAAGUCCGAAGCGAAACACCGGAAGAUGCAAACACUAGUGGCGCUAAGUGCUGGUGGCAUGGCAGGCAUGGCGGGGCGCACGGCAGGGCUGGGCAUGAGCAAAACUCAGAGCACGCUGCUGAGCCAGGACAAACCUCAGCCUGGCCCGCCGCCUGUUUCCAACAACCCCACCACGCAGGCGCCACAGGGAGGAUCGGGAGUCAGUGACUCAUCCUCCAGUCAAAAAACCUCCUCUAAAACAAUGGAGACGACGAGCUUCUCGGAGCGUCGUAACGAGCAGGCCGAAAAGUCAGAGAGAUCCAGUAGUCCAGCCUUUGAGUCAGACGAGGAGAGUAGUCAAAUACCACAGCAAAAGAAACCCAACCUGGCCAACAACUCAGUCCCGCGCCUCGACCCGCCGCCCCAGCACCGCAAGACUCCCACCACCGAUACUCUGCCGAAGAUCCCUGAACAGAGUGUGCUGGACACCUCAACCACGCUGGAGGGCAGCUCUUCUUCUGACACCGGCGUAGGAGCGCUGGCGGUGUCGCUUGCUCGCUCUCUGCCCUUUUCUGACCCCCAGCACAUCUCCCCGAAGAAGGUGUCCAUUCUUCCAGACGUGGCCCUACAUGAGGCCAGCUUGCAGGGCUCCAGCCUGUUAGACGUGACGAUCGGCGCUGCAACCGCGCCAUUAGCAAAGCGAAUGUCUGCAGACUUCUCUAAAAAUGACGAGGAUAACAGCGGCCACUCAGAGGAAACAAUGAGUGUGCAUUCCAACGGCGAGCAGUCGCCUCAGCCUCCCGCCCAGCAGCCCCUGCACCCUACCUCCCUGCCGCUGCGACCCAUCUGCACUGUGCCCAUCCUUCCCCUGGCCGCCUCCACGCCUACAGACGGUCUGGACGAGCGGCUCAUCGCCCCACCCGCCAUGUUUGCCGACAACAUGAGCGUCAGCAGUAUCUGCACCACGCGGCCUCCCUCCGCUCUCAACUACGGACCGAUGGCCUACGACAUCCUGACGGGCCUGGACACUGGCGACCUGCGAUUCAUGGACGAGUCCUCCAUCAUCCUGCCCUCGCCAGUCGUGGAGGAUCCGCCCUCCUCCGUGUGGGCGGCAACUCUUCACAGCCCAACUUCACCCACCCUGCGCUCCCUCACCUCGUCCCUCACCACCCCGCACAGCAUCCACCGUAAGAUCAGUCGAAUACAAUCCCGUUCAGAUGACGAGGACCUCGAGAUGAGCAUCGAGGAGGCAGACGAGUCGGUGGACGCUGACGACGCUGACGACGAAUGUUGCGAUCGAGACGAAUCCUCCGAACACUCCACCAACGUGCUGGUGACCUCCAUCAUCCACGCCUGCACCGCAGUCACCAGUUUGGCGGGCACAGACAGACACAACAGUCCCGUCAGCCCUAAAAAGGAAAACCUAAUUACAACCACUGCUAACAGUGCUCCUAACGCCGUCAACAGUAUUUCCAGCUACUCCAACAGUACCAACUCCCCCGCAAUGGUGCCGUCGACCCCACAGGUGCGUCCCAAAGCGAACAGCGGCGGGACAGAGGCUGGGCGGGCGGCGGCUUCGUCUGCAGGACCCACUAAUCAACUCAUCACCACCCACAACGUCAACUCCAACAAGACAGUGACCAGCGUGGCGCGGACGGAGGCGUCAUCACUCAUCGAGAAGGACAAAGUCAGUUCGAUCGCCCUGGCGUCGGACGCUCAGAGUUCCAUCAAAGGUUCCCUCAAAGGCUCCAAAAAAGGAAUCGUCAAGUCUAUCAGAAGCCUCAAGAAGAAAAAGAAGAAAAGUGAAGGCGAAAAACGACAUCGCUCCAAGUCGGAGAACCGCGCUAAUAAAGCCUUGCGGACCAUCUCCAUCAUCUUGGGGGCUUUCGUGGCUUGUUGGACUCCCUACCACAUCCUGGCCAUCGCUGAGAGCUUCUGCCAGUGCACCAACACCCACGUCUACAUGUUUGCCUAUUUUCUCUGUUACGCUAACAGCCCCAUCAACCCUUUCUGCUACGCCCUCGCCAACCAGCAGUUCAAGAAGACCUUCAUGCGCAUCCUGAAGGGCGACCUGCACAUCACGUAACGCCUUGGAGCGCUAGGCGGCGCCGGGAAAGCUACUCAAUUAUCUGUGAUAUCUGUAGACAAGACCAGCUUGUGUGGGGCGCGGCGGCAGCGGCAGCGGCGGCGAUGUGUUCCUUGUGUGCUCAGGCCGGAGGCGUGUGUGUAUGUGUGUAAUUAUGUUUGUGCGUUUGUACAUAUUAUAUAUACAUAUAACAUAUAAAUAUAUAUAUAUAUAUAAAAUCCGGUGAGGUGCGCGUGACUGAGCGGCCGGCGAGCCCCAGUCCCGCCCCGGGGCGCCGCGCCCCGCCCCGGCCAGCGGACACCGACUCUCAGUACAACGCUACGUCAGACUCCUCGGUACACCAGUUACAGUGCACGCCAGUCUUAUCGUUGUGAUGACGUACACGCUUCCCGCUUCCCGCGUUCGCCUCAAGAGUGUUCAAAGAAAAAGUGUGUGAAUGUGUGUGUGUGUGUGCGUGCAUGUGUGCGUGGCGGAGGGACGCGCCGCCUUAAAGAGUCGGUUGUUUCGACUCGCCGGUGGUUCGUCGCGACACAAACAAAAACACGUCAGGCGACUCAGUAUUGGGAAUCAAAUGUCUGUCUAGGCUUGCUUGACGCUGCUUUGAAACCUGCUUCACCUCGCGUCCUUCCUGCCCCUUCCUGCCCCUUCUUUCCUUCCCGCGCACACGUAAAUAACAUAUACACACCACGUGUCGGUUCAUCUGCCUUCCAGUUGGUCUGCCUUCUUAGCUUCCUCUGAACUCCCAGACUACAAUUCCCGAACACGUAAAACACACCGCAAAUAAACGAGAUGCGGUGAUUCGAGACGCAGUUUCGAAGACAAGGGUCGAGCUUCAAGGCCACCGCCCGCCAGUGUUCUUGGUGCGCCUGGUGGUGACGGGAGUGUUGCGUAGCUCUCUCUGGAAGGAUAUCAGACAAACCAAACGUAUCUCAGAAUAGGCUGUGUGGAAGGUAAGAACGAUCGACUCUAAUGAGGGAAACAGUAAUGAUAAUGCUAUUAGUUAAUGUGGCGUGUAAUGUCAGAGGCUGCUUAAAGAUGUGUUAGUAAUGUGGUAGUGAUGGUGAUGAGAGAGAGAGAGAGAGAGAAAUCAGUAUUAGUUAUUUGCAACUUAAUGAAAGGCAAAGCAAGCAACUGAACCGUUACUGCUCAGAAAGAGGGACUGGUAAAAUCAAAGUAGUGCACGACAGUUUCCCUCCCCCCACCUCCCCUCCCUCACACCCUCGCUCCGCCACCGCCCCCUUCCACCCACCUACCUACCGUCUCCUACCCCCGUCUGUGUUCCCCAUUAGGCAACUGCGAAAAUGAGUAAAUUAGAUAAAAUGAAGGCAGAAGUACCUUUUUUGAAACACACACACACACACACACACACACACACACACACAGAGCACAUACCAGCACUUUCAUAACCCGCGUGCGUGCGUCGUGAAGGAAGGAAUGAAGGACGGAAGGCAGGGAAGGCACAAGAGACGAAUAAAUGCCCUGUAUUCACCAAGUUCGCUGUGUUCUAGUCUUAUCCCGAAUAGUCGCAAUGAAUACUCAAAACUUUCAUACAUAACAUGCAUAUAUCACUCAUAGGGCGGUGCAAGAAGAAGAAGAAGAGGAGGAGGGAACGGAGGAACGGAGGGAGGAGGAGAGAGAAGGAGGACUAAGAGAGGAGUUAAUGGUCAGUGACUGUGAGAGAGAGAGGGUGGUGAUGAUCUCCCCCUGUCACCAUCCUCCCUCCCUCACUCCUUCCUUCCCUCCUCUCCCCACCGCCUCCUUCAUCCCACCCCCGCGGAGGUGUGGCGUAGGAUGUUGCCAGGCCGCCAUUGCUGUGCUUUUUAAAUCUUCUUUAUUUUUUAUUAUCAUUUAAUCUCCUUGCCACCAUCCGCGGACGCUCCUGCCUCCCUCUUCCCCUCACUCCCUCCCUCACUUCCUCGCCAUUCAUUUCUUUUCCUCCUUUCACCGCACUGGAGCCUCCGCGAGUGGUAGCCAAUGAGAGGAGGAGGAGGAGGAGGACCGAUGUGAUUAUUUAUAACGUCACACUUGGCUUGGUGGUGACGUCAUCGUGGUGAGGUGACGUCACAGUCCCGUCAGUUUCACGGGUACCCAGGGCGCGCGUUUUGUGGUGAGGGAGUCUCGGCGCGACGCCCCCGCUCCCCCCCGAGGUGUGGCUUGGCGCCCUUACUCCCCCACUCCUUGAGCCCAACAGAACGCGUCCCCCUUCAGCCCCUCCCCCCGCCACUCCAGCAGCCGUGCCCCGCGCCAGGACGCCCAGGGACAUUGUUCAUCCUGCCCCUUGCCCCUACAGAGAGAGAGAGAGAGAGAGAGAGAGAGAGAGAUCUUUGUUAGGUAAUGGCGUGUCAGUGCCUAAAUCAGCGCCGUUUCAGAAAUAAAACAAAAUUGAGCUGAAAAUCCAUUCCCACCCACCUUCCCGCCCCUCUCCUUCCCCUCGCCGCGUCCCUCGCUCCCCUACAAUCACGUCAUUACUACACGCCUUAAGGGGCCGCCGCGCGAUGCCCUUCGUAUUAACCCGAACGAAAAUAAUCAAAGACACCAAAAUACCUUCCCUGUUCCCACCGACCCCCGCCUGCUGGCCUGGAGGUGUCCCGGCCCGGUGCCUGCUGGAGUGGCUCUGCUGACCGGAUGUGACGUCCCCCCGCCCUUCCCUGUAACAUUUCUCGUGCUCGUCCUGCCCCCACGAGCCUGCCCUGCCCUUGCUACCCCACUAACUCCCCACCAGGCGGCUCCAGGGGGCGGGAGGCCGUGUAUAAUAAAUGUUUGUAUGUAUAUACAUAUAUAUAUAGAGAGAGAGAUGAGAUGAUGCCAGUCAGUAUAUUAUCCCGUACAAGAAAAAAUAAUUGUUAUUCCCAAUGAUAG